GAUUUCUCAAAUUCACCGUAAUUUUGUCGCGACCCGAGAUACUGUUCAACGAUUGAAAGAAAUGUAUUUGACAGUCGAUCAAAUUCAAAAUAUGAUAGACAAUGAAAAACAGAAUAUUCUUGGGCCCGCAGAAAGCUUAUUAUUUAUCCAUUAUCAACUUUUCCGUUUACAGGAAUUUCGAGAUAUUACAAUGUAUCAAGCAAAUAUUUCAUCACAAGAUGAUGUGGUUCUUACACUAAAAAAAUAUUUUAAAAGAUUAGAUGAAGUGUCAGAAGAUUUUGAGAAUUACUUUUGGACACUAUCGAAAAAUAUUAUGAAUUUAGUUAGAAAUGGUCAGGGUUCUGUGAUCGUUCGUAUCGUUAAGGUGAUUGAAGCUGAAGAAAUAGCUGAUGAAAGGGCUACAACAGCUGAGCAUGCUAGACAUAGUCAUCAAAAUCUUGCAACAAAAUUUAAAUCUGUUCAAACAAGUCCUCGUGUGAUCAGAUCCUUCCGUAGUCAAUUUCAAGAUAAACUUCACGAUUCCAUUUCAGAAUUAUUUGAAGAUUUUUAUGGUAAAUAUAAAAAUGCCCCAGUAGAAUUAUUGGGUCAAUUAGAUUUCAUAUUUGAUGACUUAGCGGUAGUAUUUCAAGAGAUCGUACCACGUUUCCCUAAAAAAUAUAAUAUCUUUUCGGUUUUUGUUUUGGAGUAUCAUCAUCACGUUUAUAAUAUACUUGAUAGGAUUGUAAAGAAUGAUCCAGAUGCAGGAACGAUAUUAAGACUAAUUCGAUGGAUUCGGACGUAUUAUAAAAGAAUGAAUAAAGAAAUUCGUAUUUCUGAAGAUAUUCUUGAACCUCCUUUGCUUGAUGGACGAGAACAAGAUUUGAUUAAUGAUUAUCUUAAGUUAGUUCGUGAUUUAGUUGAUAAAUGGAUGAUGAAUUUGAUGGAUGGUGAAACUAAGGAUUUUAUAGAAAGAAGCAAAGCGCCAGAAGAGGCAGGCGAUCUGUAUUAUCUUUCUGGAUCAGUAUAUAUGUUUAAAAUUGUUAAUCAACAAAUCGAUGUUGCUGCAGAAUCAGGUCAAGGAAAAAUUUUAGCAGAUGUUGUCAAAGAAUGCUGUGAAGUUAUGUUGGAAACGCAACAAACUUGGAUGAAUUUAUUAAAAUCUGAACUGAAGAGACAAAUUGAAAAGCCUGAUGAAGUACCGCCAGGAUUUGUUGAUUAUGUCAUUGCUUUGGCAAAUGAUCAAAUUCGAUGUGCAGAUUUUACGGAUGAAGUUCUGAAUCGACUGGGGCCUUUAUUAUCUGAGAAGUAUAGAAAUCAAAUUAACAAUGAUCUUGAAGAAGCGAUGAAAGGAUUUUUAUCAGUCGCAAGAGCAGCAAAAGAUACACUAUUAGAUAUUGUUUUCAAUGAUCUUAAGAAGCCGUUCAGUCAAUUUUAUACAUCAGAUUGGUAUCAAGAAAAUCCAAUGCUGUUAAUUAUUGAGACCGUAAAAGACUAUACCUUUGACUUUUGUACUCAUUUAAAUGAAUAUUUAAGAGAUAAAAUUAUGACCAAUACUUUAGAACGUUUCAUUAUAGCAUAUAUUGAAGCAAUGCGCAAUAAAGGAGCCAAAUUUAAGAAACCAGAAUGUGUAACACGCAUAGUAAAUGAUAGAACGACGGCGUAUGCAUUUUUUCAACAACAUAUUCCAUCAAAAGAGUUAAAUAAUUCUUUUGAUCUAUUAGCGAGAAUUCAUACUCUAGUAGAAAGUCCACGUAAAUCAAUAUUUUUGGAUUAUUAUAAUCUUAAAAAAGCGUUUGGAGAUGUACCUAUUGGACUCAUUGAAGAUAUAUUGUCUAGAAGGGAUGAUUUGGACAGAUCUCAAAUUAAGGAAAUAAUGGAAAAUAUUAAAGCAAAAGUUAAAGAUACAGGAGAAUAUACUGGAACUCCUACAAUCUUAAGUAAACUUAAUUUUUAGAAAAAUUUUAGUACUAAAAUUUAUCUAAAUGAAUUAGAAAUUCUUCUUUUUAAUCUUUUUUGAGCUUAAAAUCUUAGUAAUAAUUUUAUGUCUGUUUACUGUAGUUCUAUUGUGGAACUUUAUUAUAAAAAUUUUGUUGUUUUAGAGUAAUCGCAGUAAGAUAAGGUGCACUUAUUGGAGGCUGUAAUGGAUCUAAACUCUUUUUCUUUAUAGUAGAAGAAAAAAAUUUAUUUAAUUUUAGUUAUAUUUAAUAAAAACAUUUGAACCUAUUUAUUAAUUAAUACAUGCCUCAAGCGGAUAAGUCAUAUCCG